AACAAAGUCCGCGACAACUGCGACACUUCAGCAACAGUACCUACCUAAUCCGCGUAUGACACCACGAAGAAGCGUCUAGGCAGUUGACCGGACUUGGAUCCGCUGCCACUCGAGUUACAGUCGCAACCUCGAGCCACAUAUCCACAUUUAAAACAACAUCCUAUCAGGACAGCAUGGCCGUUGCGACGCCAGACUCGCCGGCUGGGCAGAUUGCUCAGGCCCUCGUAGACUUCUCAGUCGAGGGCGCAUUUCCAGAAGAGUCGGUAUCCUCCUUAACAGUAGACUCUGAUGCGCUCCCAGCAGCCAUUGAAGCACUCGCCAGUGCAAAGGCCAAGCUCCAGGCCGAGAUACACACCAUCAACGAAGAAACCGCCGACGAUGUCCGAACAUGGAAAGUAAACGCCCAGUUGGUCCAAGACGAUAUCAUCCUGUCAAAAGCUCUAGCGAACGAUAUCCUGAAACAGUCGGAAGCGCCACAAGCGUCAGGGAAGGCCAUCGAGGAAGCCGAAACCAGAGCUGCCUUUCUCGCCCGCGAGUUGGACUACAACACACAGCUGAGAAACGCAUUGAAGGGUAUCAAGGCCGUUAACCAAAUACUCGACCAAGUUGAGCAAGCGCGGGAUGAACGCCGUAUUCUCGAUGCUCUACAUCUUCUAGAACGAUCACGGAAAGCGCUCGACGCUGUGCCCGUCAACAAGUCAUGCCGUGCUAUCAAACUCCUCGAUAUUAGAACCUUCGAACUCAAGUCGGACGUUUAUCAAGUAUUCGAUCAUGUGUGGAAUACUUUAAUACACGUCGAUAUUGAGAGUCACAGGGUGUCAAUAAGUGGCGUGAAGCAGGACGAACCCAUGAGCCUAUCCGAUGCCGUUGUGGGGCUCAAGGCAUACAACGAAGUCGAUCAGCGCGCAACCCAACUAUGGCAUGACAUUGACAAGGCUAUUUUUGCUCCCAGACUCGACACUAAGCAGGAACGUUUACCCAGUAUCAAGAUUGAUGGAAACAGUUUGGAGUUGGAGGGAACGUCCGAUCAAUCUAUUGAGGCUGUGUUCCAAGACUUAGAAAAGGUUUUUGCCUUCCUGGUCGAAAAGCUACCACCAGAACUGGUCGAGACUAUUUCAACUGUCUUAUUACCAGGUCUCAUCCCAACUAUGACCAGAACUUGGCUCGACUUGGCCGUUCCUUCCUCGCUUGAGGGAAUGGACAGAUUUCAAACGACAAUAUCAACAACAAAGGGCUUCUGCACCACUCUUAAAGGACUGGGAUUAUCGCAUCUCAAUGAACUACAGGAGUGGACCGAAAGCGCACCUCGGGUAUGGCUAUCAAAACGAAGAGAAGCUGCUCUGGACCAAAUUAGGACGCAAUUGUCUCGAGGACUGGGCGCAUCAAAGCAGGUCGAAAGGGUUGAAAAACAGGUGGUUUCAAAGUCGGAGGGCCAGCAGUUGGCUGCCAAUGGAGCCAAAGUUACCGAAGACGAUGGUGGCUGGGAUGCAUGGGAAUCCGAUGGCGAGCAGCAGACUGGCGGGCAACAAAUCAGUAAACCGGCUGCGACAACAUCAGCCACCGAAUUAUCCGCGGACGCUAUCGAUGAUGCGGCCGAUGCCUGGGGCUGGGGUGAGGAAGACCCUGAACCGGAUAAGGUAGAGGAACCUCAGCAGAAAAAACAAAAGCAGGAGGGGGGGGAGGACGACGAUUCUACCGAGGCCUGGGGCUGGGGCGAUGACGCCCAGAAUGACGAUACUGCACCGGAACAAACACCAACCGCUCCAUCAGCUUCGUCAAAACCGCAGACACGGGAGUUGACUUUCAAAGAAACCUACAGCAUCUCAUCCCUGCCACAGCCAGUCCUAGACUUGAUAUCUGCUCUCGCCGAAGACGGAGCAGCAUUGACCCAGGAGAACUAUGCCGACAGCCCCGUUGCUGCUGCCGCCGCCGGACUCUUCAGUCUCCCCACUCUUGCGCUGGCCAUGUUCCGUGCCGUCGCCCCCCACUACUACGCUCCAGAUGUUGGCGGAAACAUGUUUCUUUACAACGAUGCUACCUACCUAUCGGAGCGGCUAGCUGAGUUCGCCGAGGAGUGGGUGAAGAGGGAUAAUAUCAGCACACGGGCGCAAACAUUGCUUAGACUGGAUAACGACAUCAAGUCCAUGCAGAGUUUCGCAAAUCGUGCCUACAGCAACGAGAUGAGCAUCCAGAAGACGGUGCUCAGGGAUCUCCUAGGGGGCGAACAAAACCUCAUCCAGCAAGACGACACGGAAUCCUGCGUCUCCGCCGCCGUUGCCCGAGUGCGCUCUCUCGCCAUCGCCUGGGAAUCCAUUCUCUCGCGCUCCGCCUGGCAGCAAGCCGUUGGCUCGCUCGUCGACGCUGUCGCCAACAAGAUCAUUGGCGACGUCAUGGAUCUGCCCGGCAUCGGCCAAGACGAGGCUUACAACAUUGCCAAUCACAUUGCUUCAGUAACGGCUUUGGACGAUUUAUUCCUGCCUAGUCGCUUUGCCACCGCGGAAGGUCGUAAUUUUGAGGCAGAGAACGAAAUCCCCACGACGGCGCAGUACGCGAGUUCGUGGUUGCGCCUCAAGUACCUGUCGGAAGUGCUGCAGAGUAACCUCAAGGACGUGCGGUAUCUGUGGUUGGAAAGCGAGUUGAGCUUGUAUUUCUCGGCGGACGAGGUGGUGGAUUUGGUGAAUCUUAGCUUUGAGGAUAAUCCGCGGACGAGGGAGGUGCUUAGGGAGAUUAGGGCGAGGCCAAAUCCUCUUGGCUGAAGAGAGCUUACUUAUAUGUAAAGGGCGGUAUAAUUGUGCUAUUGGUAGUUGUGAUAAUUGCAAGCAUUCGUUUUACG